GUGUAUCCCGGGACCGGGACCCCGCCCGAUUUUACUUUCCCAAUUCAGAGGAACGCAAUCCAUCUUUUAAGCCCUAGUAUCCUCCUCACCACCGGCUCCGCCUCCGCCGACAGCAGUCGCGCACUCCGCCGUCUCGGAUUCGGAAAGAUCUGCAUCUCGUUUAUAUAUCUUGAUUUUGUGUUUCUCCCGCUAAGGGUAGAAGUCGGCGGUAGGCUAUACUAUUUGUAUAUUUAUAAUAUUGGUUUUGAAAUUCUCUUUAAUUCCUUCCUCAUCGUUAUUGCUGUUUUGCGUUUGAUUGCGAAAUUCGUUUGGUAAGUCCGAUUGAAAGCCAUCAAUCAAGCUCACUAAAACGCGCGACUUUGGGAGACUUCGACGGGCUAGGGCUUUGGAAUUUUAGUUGGAAUUCUACUCUCGAUCUCAAUGGAAAAUUCGAACUGUAGUCCAUUCCACGUCUCUCCCGAAACUGAAAAAUUUCUUUGUGAAAGAUUGUUGGAUCAAAGCCAGCCUAUCUCGGAGCGAUUUAGAGCCCUGUUCUCUCUACGCAACCUUCGUGGUUCUGCGCCCCGCAGUGCUCUUAUCCAAGCCACUAGGGAUAAGUCGAACCUGCUUGCACAUGAGGCUGCAUUUGCUUUGGGUCAGAUGCAAGAUGCAGAAGCUAUUCCAGCUUUAGAAGCCAUACUUUAUGAUUACUCUUUGCACCCUAUUGUUCGCCAUGAGGCCGCAGAAGCUCUUGGUGCCAUUGGUUUGGAAUGUAAUGUCCCACUCCUCACAAACAGUUUAGUAUCAGAUCCUGCUCAGGAAGUACGAGAAACCUGUGAAUUAGCUCUUAGUCGAAUUGAGGAGCUGAAGAAUACCUCAAUUUCAGAUUCAUCUCCAUUUUUGUCGGUUGACCCUGCUGCACCUGCUGCAUCUUCUUCUAUCCAAGAACUUAGAAACCUUGGAGAAGAUGAUGCUGUGUUUGCUAUUGUGGAAUCGCUAGGUUCAAACAGUGCUCUUCUACGACAUGAGGUUGCAUAUGUGUUGGGUCAAUUGCAGAACCAAAAAGCUUCAGAUGCACUUUCCCAAGUUCUUCAAGACAAAAAUGAGCAUCCAAUGGUUAGACAUGAAGCAGCUGAAGCACUUGGUUCUAUUGCUGACAGUCAAUGUGUUGCCCUGCUGGAGGAAUUCACGAAGGACCCCGAGCCCAUUGUAGCACAAAGCUGUGAGGUUGCUCUAAGCAUGCUCGAGUUUGAGAGAUCAGGAAAGAGUUUUGAGUAUCUGUUCAUGCAAGCUCCACCAGCUCAACAAGUUUCUCAUUAAGUCAGGUUACAUCAUCACACACCCUUUUGUAUGUGUUUAAUUCAGCAAUUGCCCAACCUAAAACAGUCUGAUUGUUUCUAAUUUAACUUGUUUCGGAAAAUACCUGCUUGGUUAUAACCAAAUUUGAUUGGGGUCUUCAUAUGUUCAUGUUUUCCCCAUUAGUUACAACUUACAUGUAAUGUUCCAAAUUUAUACAUUGGGAUUGGAAAUUUAAGCGACAAUGUUUAUAUAUAA